AUCUUCUCACCUUCAGAUACUGCUUUCGCCCAAUCCGGUCAGCCUUCUCUCUCUCUUCUUCGAUUUCAUUUCUUGCCUCUCUUCUUAUCUCCCGAAUGCCUCAAAUCGCUCGCGUUAGGCACCAAGAUUCCCACGAUGUUGGCCGAUCGAUCGCUCACGGUAACCUCUUCCCGAUAUUUUCAUGAAAUUUCUUUGAAUCGAGUCAUGAUUAGUAGCUCGCCGAUUUACGAUGACGGUUCGCUUGUUGUUUUUGGCACCGAGAAGUUUUUUGACCUGAAAUUCCAAGUGUUUCCGGUUACUCGGAGUCUGAGUGCGGGAUUCCGGUUUAGUAAUGGUCAGUCCAUGAUGACAGUCUUUGCUCCUUCAGAUGAUACAUUGGCCUCUCGCAUUGAUGACUUUACCGAUUAUCCUUCUCUGUAUUUUCGUCAGAUUUUGCCGCGUAGAAUUUUAUGGAAUGAUCUUGUGGAUCUUGAUAAAGGCACGAAAUUAUCUACAUAUUCAAAGGGAUAUGCAAUUUCCGUUGCGAAAUCGAACGGCAUGUUGAUGAUCAAUGGAGUUGCAGUCAUCUAUCCCAACAUGUAUAUGAACGAGUGGCUGGUUGUUCAUGGCCUCCUUGAUGUUUUUUCUAUGGCAGAGAGACUCUCAGCAAAGGAAUCAGGCUCAGAAAGGAGAAACACCCCUCAUGGUAAGGCACUGGAUCAUUGGUAAGUUCUGACGCCAUGAAAAUCUUUUGCUUCCAUUCCACAACAUAUAUCAGUGACUUGUAUACAUUCACCAUUUGUAAAUUUCAAGAGCUUUUCUUGCUUUUUUAUGCCUCUGUGACAAAGAAAGCUUCAGCAGAAAGCUGUAAUAUAGAAGUUGUCCAUUUUCCUGCAAGUUUCAGCUCGUUUGUAUAGUUCAUUCAAGGGUGAAGAGUUCGGUAUAUUUGGUGAGAACAAUAGUCUAAAGAACCUUGAA